AUGUUCUAUUGCUCUUUCGUCAGCAUACAUUAUAUUAUCUGUGAGUGUGGUGAUACAUUUCCCACCGAAGAAGCGCUGAAGGAGCAUUUGGAAAGGGAGCACAACCACAAAAUCGAGAAACAUGAAGAAUUCCGUUGCGACACAUGCGAUAAGAUCUUCGCGACGGAGAAAGCAUGCCUCAUACACCAGCGGGUGCACACGCAGCCUCGUAUUCGGGACAGGCCGAAGGAGCCCAGGGAGAAGAAUGUCGUGAAGCGCUACUACAAUUCGAAGAAUAUCGUUUGCGAGGUGUGCGGCAAGAGAUAUGCCUCGAACGCGGCGCUCCGCUACCACCAGCGGGUGCACACGGGCGAGAGGCCCUACCAUUGCAGCGAGUGCCCCAAGACCUUCACGAUGCCACUGUUCCUGCAGAUCCACAUGCGGACGCACACCGGUGAGAGGCCGUACGAGUGCCCCCAUUGUCCGAAGGCCUUCAGCAACAAGGCAGCACUCUUAAGGCACGAUAGAGUGCAUACGGGUAUAAAGCCCUACGUGUGCCCACAGUGCGGAAAGACCUUCACGCAAUCCAAUUCGAUGAAACUCCACGUCAAGACCGUUCACCUGAAGAUGCCAGCACCGUACAAGAGCAAGAAUCGAAGGAACAAGACUAGUAGAGGGAUGAAGGUCGAAGUGGAAGUAGAGUCUGGCAUCUACAAGCAGGACAUCAAGCCCGAGAUCAAGCCGGAGUUCAUGGAGGAGGAAUACCAGGAGGCGGAUGUGAUGGUGGAGGAGGAUGUAUACGAGCAAGUGCAGGCCCAACUCUACUCGCAGGACGGUGAGGUCUACCAGGAGGUCUACGAAGGGGAGAUUGGAGAGGAGGAUCUGUAUCACGAAGUGGUCGUGGAGCACCCGGAAGUGACCCUGUACGAGAUGGACAAGCCAGAAGUCCUAUACGAGGAAGUGUACGAAGAUGUG